AAACUUUGGUUUCUUAUCUCUGGAAUAGCAAUGGCUUCCUUCUUCAGCAUUUCGUUAACCAAAAAUGUGGUUCUCGCUUCACUCAAUCCCAAAGACGACUCUCACUCUCCUCCUCCCAAAACUAACGGGGCCGCCGAGACCAUUCCCAUCAACAAUCCACGGCUACGGCGGCGGCUUCCGAAACCUCGUCGGCCCUCCGUUAUUGAAAUCGAACGUGCUAUUGGUGGCGGAAGGUUCAGAGAUGCCGACCCUAGGGAUUUGGAAGAAGAUAGGAAGGCUGCAUUUGACAUGUUUUUGAUGAGUUUUACGGGAAAAUAUGAAGGGCCAGUCAUGAAGAAGCUUCGUGAGACAGGGGAAUGGGUAACUAAUCAAACUGAAACCAAAUUUCAAGCUUCGGGAAAAUGGUUCCUGCUGUUUACAUUUCAAUGGGUUCUUCCAAUUUGGGCAUUGUCACUUCUUGUGGCUUCUGGGAUCAUUAAGCUACCAUUCAACACUCCAUUUCUUAAUGAACUUCUCAUGUAAUAAGGGUUUGCUCACCCGAGGUGCCACAAGAAGAGUCAUCGGUGUCGUCGAGGUUCGUCGGAGAUGGAGAAGACAGGUGAGACGACUAAAUGUGAAAGGAAGAUGGAAGAAGGCCUGAUUAUUUUUCUCUAUUCGUUCUCUUCUUUUUUGGUAGGAUUCUGAAAAUAAUAUGUUAUGCAGUAACAUCAAUAGGGUAUAUGGUAGGCUUUUUCUUCUUUUUUUUUUUGGAAAGUAUAUAUAACUUAAAUAUUUUUGUAAAGGACAUGAUGAUGAUGAACAAAUAUACCGAGUAUAUAUUUGCAAGUAACUAAA